CUGGGAGUACUACUCUCCAGCGCGGUCGGCAGGUGGGGAGGGUUGGCGCCUAAACUCGCUAGUCAAGCCCAACUGCCCCAGCAGCUUCUCCCAGCCCUCGGGGCUCCACUGAGCGGCUGGAGAGUCGUCGAGCGCAGUCCCAGCUCCCGCCUGCUCGCCCGCUCGGGCCCGGGCAGGGACCUUUCGGCCUGUUUGGGCCCCGGGGCCUCCGCGGCCUGGGGCAAAGCAGCUCCAGGGGCCUGACCAACCCGACGGUCCCUGGGAGGACGCGGGGACGGUACAGAGCACGCACCCUUGGAUGAGGUCCCGCAGCGACGCCCCGGCCCGCCCCGCUCCUCCUCCUGCCUGGCCUAACUGCCUCCCAUUUGGGAAGUUUUGUGGGUUUCUUUUCUCCUCCUCCAACCUUGGCGGAGGCCACGACUCAGGCGCCACAACGGGGGACGGCCUCCUCACUUGGAGGCUGCGGACCAUGGUUCGAGGCAGCCAUCGCUGAAGUCAGCAAAACCGAGCCUAGGCUGAGCGGGAGGCCAAGGCCAUGGCCAUUGCCACGUCGGCCCAGCUGGCCCGGGCACUGUAUGACAACACUGCCGAGUCCCCCCAGGAGCUGUCCUUCCGCCGAGGGGAUGUUCUGCGGGUACUGCAGCAGGAAGGCGCUGGUGGGCUGGACGGCUGGUGCCUCUGCUCCCUGCAUGGCCAGCAGGGCAUUGUCCCCGCCAACAGAGUGAAACUCCUUGGCCCAGCACCCAAGCCCAGCCUCUCCCCGGUGCCCCCAACCCCCCAGCCCAGCUCAUCUUAUCCAGGCCUGGAUCACGGCAAUGAGGAGCAGGAGGUAUAUGUGGUACCACCCCCAGCUCGGCCCUGUCCUGCCUCAGGACCUCCAGCUGGACCCUCUCCACCCUCUCCUGACCCCAUCUACAAAAUCCCCAGAAGCAGUGGUACCCAGCUUGCUGCCUCCGGAGAUAUCUUAGAGGUCUAUGAUGUGCCCCCCACUGCCCUCCGGGUUCCCUCCAAUGGCCCCUAUGACUGCCCCACCUCCUUUUCCCACCCUCUGGCCCGGGCUGCCCCUGGAGAGGAUGAAGCUCUGUAUGAUGUGCCUGUGGCGCCGCAGCCAUCUGCCGAACUGGAGCCAGAUUUGGAGUGGGAAGGGGGCCGGGAACCAGGUCCCCCCCUCUAUGCUGCCCCCUCCAACCUGAAAAGGGCAUCAGCCCUCCUCAACCUGUAUGAAGCACCCGAGGAACUGCUGGCAGAUGGGAAAGGCGGGGGCACUGACGAGGGUAUCUAUGAUGUGCCCCUGCUAGGGCCAGAGGCUCCCCCUUCUCCAGAGCCCUCAGGAGCCUCACCCUCCAAUAACCUGGACACCUUGGCCCAGCUUCUGGCCAGAAGCCCUCCACCCCCACACAGGCCCCGACUACCCUCAACUGAAAGCUUGUCCCGCCGCCCUCUGCCUGCCCUGCCUGUCCCUGAGGCCUCCAGCCCUUCUCCAGCUCCCUCUCCUGCCCCAGGCCGUAAGGGCAGUAUCCAGGACCGGCCUCUGCCCCCACCCCCACCCCGCCUUCCAGGCUAUGGAGGCCCUAAGGUUGAAGGUGAUCCGGAGGACAGGGAAGUGGAAGAUGAUUCAGCAGGGCAUCAUAAUGAGUAUGAGGGCAUUCCAGUGGCUGAGGAGUAUGACUAUGUCCACCUGAAGGGCAUGGAUAAAGCUCAGGAAUCUAGGCCCCUGGACAAGACCUCCACAGGGGAUCCUGAAGUGCUGGAGAAGGGACUACCAGUGCAGCAGGAGGCCCUAUCCCCAGGGGAGCCACUGGUUCUAUCCACUGGAGAUCUACAACUCCUACACUUCUAUGCAGGACAGUGCCAGAGCCACUACUCAGCACUGCAGACAGCUGUGGCAGCACUGAUGUCCAGCACCCAGACUAACCAGCCCCCACGCCUCUUCGUGCCCCAUGGCAAAAGGGUGGUAGUGGCUGCUCAUCGCCUGGUGUUUGUUGCGGACACACUGGGCCGGCUGGCAGCCUCUGCCCCUUUGCGAGCACAGGUUGGGGCUGCAGGUACAACACUAGGCCAGGCACUACGGGCCACUGUGCUGGCUGUCAAGGGAGCCGCCCUGGGCUACCCAUCUGGCCCUGCGGCCCAAGAAAUGGCACAGUGUGUGGUAGAAUUGGCCAGUCAGGCCCUCCGGUUCACCACCCUGCUCACCAGCCUGGCCUCCUGAGGGCCUUGGCACAACUCUGCCCUCCCUGGCCUGCCAAAGCUCCCCUCCAGUUCUCAGGUGGCUGGAGGGCUCUGUUUUAGGAACUAGGAGAGGUGGUAGUAUCUUUCCCCUUUCCUGCCCCUUCCUGUCAUCUCAGCCUCUUACAGGCAUCUCUUCUUUCUAACCCAUAGCUUUUUGUACGAGCCAUUUUGUAUAAAUUAUUUAUAUUUAAUAUUAUUCCCUGCUUUGUCAGAGGCAGGCACCAGGCCCUCUGGGAUGGGGAGGCACUGGAUUCUUCUCCAGCCUAGGGUGGAGGUCACUCUGCCACCCACCUCUGGAAGCUCAGCUGCACAGAGAAACCAGGGGCAGAAACUUGGGGGCACAUGGAGCCCUCACUUUCCCUGUUUCUUGGCUCUGGAAAAUCAGUGUUACACUGUCAGCUGAGAUGACGAUAGGACAAGGAUUGCCCAGAGAUAAAGAUUUGGAAGAGAUCAUACUGUUGUUCCUCCCUGCAGAAGGCAGGAGAGCUCUGGGCCUCAGGUGUGGACAUGGACCUCAAUAAACCCUGCUGUCUGCUUCCCUGACUGCUUCUUGGGAGCCUGGGGAGCAGACUUGAUGCCCUUUGGCCAAACCUAUGGGACAUAUACUGUGAGCAAGAUGCCUUUAGGGACUUAGAAGAUUUUGGUCCUUCAACCACUGACUGGCAGGUUCUCAGCUGCCGUGACACACCAGGCACAGUUCUGGAAGUACGCUGUGAAUGUGCCUUCCUAGUGAGAGUGGGAUAGACAUAAACAAGUCAGUUAAAAUAAGUAAAUAAAAAAAUAAACCUGCCAAAAUUGACAGUUGCUGCUGAUGGAAAUCAACAAGGUGAUACUGAUGUAAAGAGAUUAACUAUAGAGGCCAGUAAAGGAAACUAGAAGUGAUAUAUGAGUGAAGCCAACCUGGAGGAUGACAGAACCAAGGAGAGUCUGAGGACUAGUACCUAGGAUGUGGACACCAACUACUGUGCAGGGCUUCUUUCAAGACGUCCUUGUCAAGUAAUGUCAUUACAGAAAUGUAAAUGUGUGGAGAGGCUGACCACAAGAGACCCUCAAAAUGUACAGUCCUAGCCAGGUGUGGCGGCUCAUGCCUAUAAUCCUAGCACUUUGGGAGACCAAGGUGUGAAGAUCACUUGAGGUCAAGAGUUUGAGACCAGAGCAAGAGAGAGACCCCCAUCUCUACACAAAAUAGAAAAUUAGCUGAGCAUGAUGGUGUAUGUCUAUAGUCCCAGUUAUUCAGGAGGCUGAGGUAGGAGGAUUGCUUGACCCCAGAAGUUUGAGGUUGCAGGUAGUGAACUAUGAUGAUGCCAUUGCACUCCAAUCCUAGGUAACAGAAUAAGACACUUUGCCUUGGCCUCCCGAGAGGAGGCCAGUGCAAGGCCUGGCUAUCUUUAGAGACAGGGUCUCACUCUGGCUCAGGCUGGUCUCGGAACUCAUGGAACUCAAACAAUCCACCCACCUUGGCUUUCCAGAGUGCUAGGAUUACAGGCAUGAGGCAAUGCACCCUGCCUUAAGAUCCUUUCUUUAAAAAAAAAAAGUCUCAUCCUGGAAAGGCCACCCCAAUCAAAGGCCUAGCCUCAGCUUUGAACCACAGGAUAACUCUAGGCAACUGGAGACGCUGCUUGCCAACCUGACACUCUUCCUUACCUUAGGUGACCCCCCCACCCCACCCCAGGAGAGUCUAGCCCCUUACACUCUGCUUUCCAGCCUUUCUACUGAUCAUCCUGGCCAACCCUUUUAGAGGAGUUGAGGUAGCAAUGUGUUAAUCCUCAGAACUUUAGUGAAAUUGAUGAGACAUGGCUUAGAUGAGGGAUCAGUCCAGCCACUUUCAAGGGAAGUAAUCUAAGCCACAGACCCAUUGCUUCAGUUCUGCUUUCCCAUCAUGUUACCAUGACAUGGUGAUUGGAUUGUGGGUACCUCAAGUUUCAAUCACAAUCUUAGUCUCUUAUACCCCUACGAAUUUGCCAUUUCUGUUUUGGUCACCUUUCUCACUGCACUAGCAAAGGAAAACUCAUUUCCAGAUUCUGGGGCCAACAAGAUUUGCUCCCAGGUGUUGAAGGCCAUUCCUCAUCAUCUUCCAGACAGAAUUUCAAGAAGUUAGCCUGAAGUUAGAGUCAGUUUCAGUUCACGUCUCAGGUCUGCUAUGUACUCGUUUGUGGGCAAAUUAUGCCAUUCCCUCUGAGGAUGAUCUAAUGGUCUUACAGGGUUUUUGUGAGGACCUAACAAGAUAAUGCAUGUGAACAGCUCAGCACUACAUAAACUUAAGGGAUUAUUAUUCCUGGACAUAUUAAAGGGGUGCAGACAAAUUAAUCUCCAAGGAAUAUGGA